AUAGGUUUUUAGGUCACACUGAAACCCUGGGGAACGCCUGAAAAGCCAAACACAAGCGGUCACUUUAUGCACAAGCUGGAUGCUGUGACCCCACUGCUGCCAUGUGGAGCGGAGGCUGCUGAGCUUGUGUGAGCUGCUCUUACGGCAAGUCCGUGGGUGGCCAGGAGCACAUGUCAGUCUGGUUAAGAGCUCUGCUCAGAAGUAGCCGCUGCAGCUGAAGGUUUUCGGGUGGGCUGAAGGCUGGGCUGCUCCUUCAUUCAUUUCAGAAGCUUAAACAGUGGGCCUUCUACGCACGCUAUCUUUGUCAUCGCCAGGCAGUUCCUCCAUGGAUGAGACACAGGGGCCUCUGGCCAUGACCGUCCAUCUGCUUGCCAACUCUGGGCACGGUUCGCUUCUGCAGAGGACUCUGGACCAGCUCCUGGAUUGCAUUUGCCCAGAGGUCCGACUCUUUCAGGUGUCUGAACGGGCCAGUCCUGUGAAAUACUGUGAAAAGUCCCACUCCAAGCGGUCCCGGUUCCCAGGGAUGUCCGUGUUGCUUUUUCUGCCCAAAAGCCUGGGAGAGGAUCGGCUGUUCCGCAUCCUGGACUCUCUCCAACAUUCACCAUGGCAGUACUACCCCACCCAGGACACUCGGGGAAGGCUGUGUCCCUACCUUCUUGCCAAUCAGGAGUUCUACAGCCUGGACAGCCAGAUGCCCAUCUGGGGGGUGAGGCAGGUGCACUGUGGCUCUGAGAUCUUGAGGGUGACGCUCUAUUGCAGCUUUGAUAACUAUGAGGAUGCCAUCAGACUCUAUGAGAUGAUCCUGCAGAGAGAAGCCACCUUGCAAAAGAGUAAUUUUUGUUUCUUCGUGCUCUACGCCACCAACAGUUUUGCUCUGCAGCUGUCCCUGAAGCAGCUGCCCCCAGGAACGUCAGUGGAACCCAAAGAGUCUUCGGUGCUGCAGUUUAAGGUUCGAGAGAUUGGCCUUUUAGUGCCUCUGCUACCCAACCCAUGCAUUCCCAUCAGCAGCACCAGGUGGCAGACUCGGGACUACGACGGCAACAAGAUUCUGCUUCAGGUCCAGGUGAAUCCUGAACUUGCUGUUAAGAGUGGCACCUUGGGAGCCGGCAUGCUUCCCCUGGGCUCGAGGCUAACUUCUGUUUCUACAAACAGGACCUUAGAACCCAGAAGCCAGAGGAGCCAGGGCAGGAGGUUCCAGGGGCAUUCUCUGGAGCUUCCUGAGCCUGGUGGGAGCCCCACGUCAGACAGCUGUGGUGGCACUUCGUGGAAAAGCCCUGGCCGGUCCUUCCAGGCCAGCAGCCCAGCCACAGGUGCCUACCUGCAUCUGUCUUCUCAUCACCUUGAAUCCAGGACCAGAAAGAAGGUCCUCAACUGGGAAAACAGCUUUCAGAAGCUUGAGGCAGAGACAAAUGUUGACACGGGGUUCACUAUAAUAAAUUCUGAACCCAGGCAGACUUAUUUUGGUGGAUUUCCAAGGGAUUUGCAGACCAGCCAGCCACCAUUCUGCUUGCCGGUCUCUUCCUUAGGGGUGGCUACCUCCCAAAACAGCAGUGUCCUUAAGGAAAGAGUCUGUCCUUUGCCGCUUGCUGGCCAAAGGGACCUUAGUACCAGGAGGACAAUUUCAAAAUGUCUUCAUCUGCACGUUCAGGGUGAAGAAAAAGAAGACAAAGAAGAAUUCUUUAUAUAGCAUAAAAUGAACGUGGUUUUCUAAAACAUAAGCUCAGAUAGAAUGCUCCAGAAAUGGAGUACUGAUCCAGAACCAGCCUGUUAGUUUUCAUCUGAGAGGGCCUGAGUGUGCUCCAUAUACAAUCUUUAUUGGUUUUAUUUCAAAUGUUCAGUCUAAAGGUGCUGGGAAUGAGUGUUUUUUUGCCAUCACAAUCAUAAGCGAACACAGCCAACACAGGGAAAAAACCGAAUGUGUUUGUUCCCUGGAGAUGCACUAACCCAGCUGGAUGUGUUGAAUCCAGCACCUAUUGGGAUAAUUGCAUUGUAUGCAAAUGAAUUAGUAUGUUAUACAACACUAAUUAGUGUCUGUAAUUUGGUUUUAAUUUUUACUUAGGCUGCAUAGCUCAUCCCCCUCGAUGAUAUGGACUGCUAUUUAUUCUUCAGUGCUUUUUAAUUUUUAUGUGACCUCUUUUGGUAACUAGGUCUGGUUCACCACAUACCCUCUUGUGAUUUUACCUUUAAUGUUCCUUGUAUCUGGAAUGAGUGAAAAUGCAAAGUAUUUCGAAAAUUAUAAACACUUAAUUUUGUUUUCCUGUUUAAUGAGCCAAAAUACUGGAAGCCAGGAAAUCAGGUUAAAAAUGAAUGCUAGGCUCCAGGGUUUUCCUCCUCGUCUGCUUCUCGUUUGUUUCUGCGCUACGUCAAAGAGGACUGUGGUUCUUGUUACAAACCAAAGAGGAACAUGGAUGAUUGGAUGAUUCCUGAUCUCCACUGAGCACAGGGAAGAUUGGAUGGGUUGAUCUGGUCACUGGAGCAGGACUUGGGUUCCUCUGGCCACAUUUCCACUCCCAGAUUAUUUUACAAAACUCACUCACUUAUUCAUUUAUAUAUGUUCAUUCAAUAUAUAUUUUUCUGAAUAUUUGAGUAAGACAUUGUGUAUAUGGUACAUAUACCAUCUGUGGCCAUGAAACCCAAAAAGUGUUUAUGGCUUCACCACUAUGAUAAAUUCAUUCUGCCAACUCUUUUUUUCUUUUUCUUUUUUUUUGAGAUA